AUGGAUCUUCCAAUCAUCUUUCCUCUCAGCAGUGGCCGCAAUGUUCCUGUACUGGGAUACCGGCACAUCGACGGUGCCCGCGCAUACGGAAACGAAAAGGAAAUCGGACAAGCGAUCAAGGAGAGUGGUAUUCCUAGACAUGAAAUCUUUUUGACUACUAAGCUCGCGCAAACCUGGCAUGAACCUGCCGACGUUCAGAAAGCAUUGGAGCAGUCUCUGAAAGAUUUGCAAAUGGAAUAUGUCCCUCAUGCUUACAAGGCUGGCGAAAAUAACGGAACGAUCAGACACCCAAGCGGCAACGGAAAGAUAAUCGAUAUUGCAGCCAGAUACCAAAUAUCUCCGGCUCAGGUCUGUUUAUCUUGGGCAGUGCAAAAAGGAAUUCCUGUCAUACCCAAAUCUGUGCAAGAAAGCCACCUGCAGCAAAAUAUUCAGCUUACAAGGCUCUCGGAUGAAGACUUCUACACUGUAGACCAGCUAUCUUCUGAGCGCGGCCCUGUCCGAUUUCUUGACCCGAGCCGACAUUUGGGCUUUGACAUCUUUGAUGAAGAAAACGAUCAACCAGUGGCCAACGGCGCACCUUGGGACUGA